AUUUAUCUAUCUUCCCAUUUCAAUUUAUCUCCCUCUCUAUAUAUAUAUACAUCCUAAAUAAUUUAUUCUGAAAAGAAGCCAACAUGAACCAGUGGCGAUCCGAUGAGAGAAAAUGGUGCUUUUUCCAUCCCACGGAAUUGGUGGUAGGGAUUUGUGCUGUCUGUUUGAAAGACAAGCUCUUGGCUUUAGCUUCAGCUUCAGCUUCAGCCAAGAAAAACUCUCUUCAUAAAACUCUCGGUUUAGGUUUAACCACAAAGAAAUCGCCCUCUUCUUCUUCUUCUUCUUCUCUCAACAAGAUCUUUGCUCUCACGGCUAUGCUCAAUCGUCUCGACAUUAAAGAUCAAAAAUCUUCCGUUGAUGAUCACUUCUGCCGCAGCUCAACAUCCACUCAAGAUGACUCUUUUAUAUCGAUCAAGUUUGAAGAUAAUGGCAUUGCCUCAUGGGAAAAGGGAAAAUGUGCUGCAACAGAGGAUAAGAAGAUCAAGUGCUUGGUGGAGCACUCGAAGCCACGAGGGGUGCUUUGGUGGCGAAGGCGGAUUGGCCACAUAUUCAAGCUCAUCCGAUUGAAGAAGUCCAACAAAGGCAUUAUUUGCCAUGUGGGAGCAAAGCAAAGGAAGAGUAUAAGUCUAAAUACUAUUGACAAAAUGUAGAUAAACAUCCAUGUCAUUGAGGUCAUUUACAUGUGUUAUCAUUUUGUGUACACAACCUUUAUAAUUUGCCAAUCACCCAACUUUGGAAGAGGUUUCAAGUUA